AUGUCCGCCCCCGAAGCCAACCCAGCCCCCGACGCCCUCGGGCCUCUCCCCGUCGUCGACGGCAAGUCCCCAGAGGAGGUCACAGAACUCCUCGCCAAGGUUGCCAAGCAGGUUCGCUUCUACUAUAGUGACAGCAACCUGCCAGUGGACAAGUAUUUCUUCAGCUUGACUUCUUGCAACCCCGAAGGCUGGGUGCCCAUCAAGACCAUCUUGACCUUCAAGCGCAUGCAAGAGUUCCAGCCUUAUGGCGUGCCCUUCGUUGUAUACGGUCUCCGCCAGUCUAUUGAAGAAGAUGGAAACGACCCCUUGAUCGCUGUCAGUGAGGAUGAGGAGAAUGUGAGGAGGAGCCGGCCGUUGGAGAAGAACGUUCAUGCUUGGGACCGAUCUGUGUACAUUAAAGGCUUUGGUGAGAACGACACCGACGACAACACCCAGGAGAAGAUCGAGGCUUAUUGUGAGCAAUUUGGCAAGAUCAACGCUGUGAGAAAGAGGAAGGAAGAUGUUGAGGGCAAGAAUGGCAAGGGCAAGGGACCCUUCAAGGGCUCUGUCUUCGUCGAGUUCGCCUACGAGGCUGACGCCAAAAAGUUUUCUGAGCAAGAGAGCAUCCCCAAGUUCAUCGCCGAUGGUCCUGAUAUGGUGUUCAUGUCCAAGGACGCCUAUGUCAAGAUGAAGGCCAAGGAGAAGGGUAUCCCUGAAGCCGACAUCCAGAAAGGCAACGUGAAGAAUGCCAAAGAGAGCGGAAAGUUCAACGCCUUCCGAGAGAUGGAGCGGGCUAAGAAUGGCGCCCUGCCCAACCUCGCCAAGAUCCCCGACAACGUUGCUAUCAUCGGCUCUCGACCUGAAGUCAAGAACUUUGCAGCUGCCUCCGAUAACAAAAAGAAGAGGUCUAGGGAUGAUGAGGAUGACGAGGGUCGGGAGGGAAAGGAGGCUAGGACCAAAGCGCCUGAGCCUCUCACUAUCGAGUACAAUGGCGUCACUCUUGAGUGUGACCGUCACUCUGGCAAGGUCCUCGACAAGUCAAAGAUUGUAUUCACCCCCGAAUCCUCCGUCAAAUUUAUCAACCACGGUGAGAACCCAGACUGGAAAGACCUGAAGUCUCAGAUCACCAAAGUCAUGCCCGCUCCUUUCAUCGCUUUCCCUCCUGGUAACACCUGGGGCACCAUCGCCAAGUCGGAUAACAGCGUGUUCUCCGAUGAGGAAUUUGAGAAGUUGAAGGAGGCUAAAAUGACUUUUGGAGGUGUCGAGGUCGAAUGGGCCCGAAUGACUGAGGAGGAACAGCGAAACUUCUGGCACGCGCGAGCUUCCUUCAAGGGAAAGCUUGCUGCCAACGAUUUGAACGAGAAGGAAGAGGAGGAAAAGAAGCGAGGCGGUCGGGGCGGUGGUCGCGGUCGAGGUGGUAGGGGCAGGGGUGGUGGUCGAGGCCGAGGUGGCAACCGAGGCGGCCGUGGGGGCAAGGGCGGUCGAAAGGACAGGAACGAGGAGAAGGCUUCUGGCGCUGGAUUCCCUCCCAAGCUCCAGUCCGCUUAA